UUAAAACAAUUGUAAGCAAACCAAAAUGAAAGCUUCAAAACCAAUAUCUCCCUUCAGGCUCUGCUCCCUCCUCCGUCGAGAGAAGAACCCGAAUCUCGCUCUCCAAAUCUUCCAAAACCCAAACCCUGAUUCGAAUCCUCCGCCCAGAAAGCUCUUUCGCUACUCUCUCCUUUCCUACGACCUCAUCAUCACCAAGCUCGGCCGCGCCAAAAUGUUCGACCAGAUGGAGCAAAUCCUCCAUCAAAUGAAGCAAGAAACCCGUUUCGCUCCACCAGAAAUAAUCUUCUGCAAUGUCAUUUCGUUCUACGGUCGGGCUCGUCUUCCCGACCGUGCACUCCAAUUGUUCGAUGAAAUUCCCGCUUUCCGUUGCCAACGGACGGUGAAAUCGUUGAAUUCGCUGCUGGAUGCGCUUUUCAAGUGCGGGGAGUUUGAGAAAAUGAGGAGAUUUUUUGGGGGUUUUGAGAUUUACGCGACCCCAGAUGCGUGUACUUAUAAUAUAUUGAUCAAAGCUUGUUGUGCGAAUGAGUGCUUGGAUGAUGCGUGGAAGGUGUUCGAUGAAAUGUCUAUGAAGGGUGUUCGUCCGACUACGGUGACGUUUGGAACUUUGAUUUACUGGCUUUGUUCAAAUUUCAGGUUGAAAGAAGCUUUUAAGUUGAAAUACGAUAUGGUGGCGAUUCAUGGUGUUGUGCCUGAUCUAUACGUGUAUACCUCUUUGAUCAAAGGGCUUUGUAAGAUUGGUGAAAUGACUUCGGCUUUUGAGCUGAAAGAGGAGAUGGUAACGAAGAAAAUCAAACCCGAUUCAGCCGUUUAUUCAACUUUAAUCAGCGGGCUUUUCAAUGCUGGUCGGAAAGAAGAGGUCAGGCUCUUGGAGGAAAUGACUGAGUACGGGUGUAAACCAGAUACUGUGACGUUUAAUACAAUGAUUCACGGGUUGUGUAAAGAGAAGAACUUCGAAGCAGCAUAUAGAGUUUUGGAUGAGAUGACGGAGAAAGGUUGUGAGCCAGAUGUUAUUAGUUACAAUGUAAUUAUCGGUGGAUUAUGCAGGGAUGGGAAAUGGAUGGAAGCAAAUGAUUUGCUCGAAGAUUUACCACGACGAGGGUGCACUCCUGAUGUGGUAUCAUACCGAACGAUGUUCGAUGGACUUUGCCAUUGGAGGCAGUUCAAUGAAGCAUCCCUCGUUUUAGACGAGAUGAUCUUCAAGGGCUUUGCGCCUCGGCUUGCAAGUACACAGAAACUUGUUGAGGGGUUGUGUGAGGAAGGUAAUGCAGAGUUGUUAGGGACGGUUUUAACUAGUCUGAGAAUGGGAAAGGGGAGUUUUCUUCAUGUGGAUAUCUGGGGAAUGUUGAUUGAUAUGGUUUGCAAGAAGGAGAAGCUUUCAAAUGUCUCUAAGCUUGUAGAUAAUUUAGUAAUGCAAUGUAGCAAUUGAUUUUGUGGCCAUGCCAAUAAGAUAAAAUUGGGUUUUGCUCAA